AGUGGUCGCUGGGACAGGACAGACGUUGAGAAGAGACCAGAGGUAAGACAGGACUGYCGUUGGGCUGACGUCAGGCACGGUCGACUCCACGGACUCUGGAGGUGUACGGACUCUGGAGACUCAAGAAUUUGGGAAGAUGUUCAGAUUUGUAUCAGUUGUGUUAGGAGAAACUAGCCACCUAUUCUAUCUGAUCACCUGGAGCUGACUGACUGAUGGAGAUUCUAGAAGAGAGAUUGUACUAUUCUAAACGAAGAGAGAUUCAUCUGUUAGAACUGGACUCUAGUGUCUAGUUAAUCUGCUCACCUGGAGGUCACUGGCUCCUGUGGAACAAUUUUUGCCCUGGUUUGGAGGCGGGUUAGGGUGGACAMUGUCCUGGUGAUCGAGGAGAAGAGGCUCAGACAGGCCUGGAGGGGGACAGCGUGGCUUCAGAGGGCCUUCAUCAUCAUCAUCUGCUAACAUGGGCAGACAGAGUGCUUCSGAGGUGGUCUUCAUCUGUCUAAACCACAACAUAACGCUUGUAGGGAAGAUAUGGUUGAURCUGAUGAUUUUACUGAGGAUCCUGGUCCUGCUCUUUGCAGGAUACCCCCUCUACCAAGAUGAACAGGAACGCUUUGUGUGUAACACCAUCCAGCCGGGCUGUGCUAACGUCUGCUACGACAUCUUCGCUCCUAUCUCUCUGUUCCGCUACUGGCUUGUUCAGCUGCUCGUUCUCUGUCUCCCYUACGUUAUCUUCGUUAUCUACGUCAUCCAUAAAGUCACAUCACGCCUCACCAUCGACACUACUGACCCCUCAGAUAGAGUUAGAGCUGAACCGCUCUACCAGAUCCAGGAGUCAUUCAGGAAGACGGCCCUGACCAAGACAGCUCUCCAGGUGCAGCAUGGCAGGAGUCAGUGCUUCUCAGGAGCAUACACCCUCCAUCUUCUGUUCAGGAUACUGCUGGAGGCCGGGUUCGGGGUGGUCCACUACUACCUGUUUGGGUUCUAUAUCCCCAGGAGGUUCCUGUGCCAGCAGACUCCCUGCACCACCCAGGUAGACUGCUACAUCUCCAGGCCCACGGAGAAGACCGUCAUGCUUAACUUCAUGCUGGGGGCCGGAGCCCUGUCGUUAUUACUCAACUUGGCUGAUCUCAUCUGCGCCAUCAAGCGCUCGGUGACGCAGAAGACCAAGAGGAAGAUGUUGGUGGAGAAGAUGUACGAGGAGGAGCAGUACUACCUCUCGUCCAGCGGGGGGAGCAGAGGCGUGGAGGCUAACAUCCCUCUACUUCCCCAGAACCUGGUGGUGGAACCUAUAACCUUUCGGAAGAGAGGGGCCAGUAAGUCCAGCACCGCUGACCAGGGAGCCUAUCCCCAUCUGGGGGAGGCUGAGGACGCCUCUGCCCCUCGCUGUGGUUCUAGUUUCUCCUCGGGGCAUCCAGGCGCCAACACCAAUGGGAACAACCUCUACCCUGCAGCCCAGGAGGAGGGCCGCGAGGCAGAGGGGAGCGAGGUGGCUCUGUGCCCUGUAGAGCCCAUCGGGACACCCAGGUCCAUCAGGGUUAGCAAACGUAGCCGCCUCAAACCGCCCCCGCCCCCACGACGGGACCUGUGCCCCCCAACGGCAACCGCUGCGGGCGURCCCCCAGGAACAGCGGUGUGCACCAGGAGAGUGGGUCAGUACACCCUGGUAGAGAUGACAGCCUCGGACUUGCAGUCCAACACCAGCGAGGGCCAGGAGAAGAGGUCUGAGUGGGUUUGAUUGGACUGAGAUGAUGAGAGAGCUGCAAUCACAGGAGAGUGAUUUUAUUUAUUUCCAUGAUGGAGACUUGAGAACCAGUGUUGGGGAAGCUACUCUGAAAAUAUAGUUUCCGGAGUUAACAAUUACUUCACACUGAAAUAACUUAAUUAAGCUACACUAAAGCGACCCUUAAAAAUAGAAUUAACUUAACUAAAGUUACUUUGAAAGAGUAGUUCACUACAUCCAAACUACUUCAUGAUAAAUCAUAUCUAAAUAUGAAGUAUCAUAGACUACAUAUUGCAAGAACAGAUCACUCUGGAGUCAGAUAAUAACAGAAUGUUUCAUUUUGCCUACUAAACACAAAAACGAUGUUUCAAGUGAGAACUAGAAAGYUCUGAUGCCAAAAAGAAAGGAAAUGAUUGCCUACUUCAAUAGUUAGCUACACCACUACAUGGCUAAAAUGUAAUACAAAAAAACACUGCCAAGAUUUGAAUGUAGUUCAACUACCACCAAGCUAUUGCAAAGGGUAGUUGCAUUACUAGUUGAACUAGAUGUAGUUCACUACUCCCAAAUGUUGGUGAGAAUGUCAGGAUCAAACCCACCUGCCUCUCUGGGAUGUGGUGACAGAUUCUUAUGUGGCUAAUACAGCAGCAACUGUUGGAGAAAUGAAAUCCUAUAGGCCCACUGUGUGCUGUAAGACUGAAGUUCAUUCUGACAUUCAGACUACGCUUUCACACCAGGAUAAUUACAUGAAAUACGUGUCUGUCAUUUCUAUCUGACCAUGUGAUAAAUGCACAUAGUUACGGUGUUAUUAUACCAUCAGUGCGUUGGCAUAAACUGUAUAAUGUAUAUUCUUUAAGGAUGACGCAGAGAGAAGAUAAUCCAGUCGUGGAUACUGUCUUACUGCCAGGGAGUCYCUGCCUUAGUGCCUAUCAUUAUAGCCGAGUGUCCUUCAGUAAAACCUUUAGUAAAAAGCUAUAACUGUUCUGCCCACCUGUUCUCUCUGUCUACGUUAGAUCCCCUAUCACUGUCAGUAAACAAAGACAGGCCUUGACCUGUCCUGGCCCUGCCCCCAGCUAGAUCAAAGGUCAAAGAAUACUGUAGAGCCUAGUUCUUAGCUCUGGGGUCAAGGUGGACAUGUGCAUACAGCCUGCGGAUGGAGUCGUGUUUGGAUGGACACAAGGUCAGGRGGUCAGGUGGAGUUAAAAGACAAUGACCCUGUAAGGUGCUACUCCUCCAGGCCAGGGUCUUCAGUAGGGAAUGAUAUACCAGACCUGGCAUCAAAUAAUAUUCAAAAUCAUUUCAAAUACUUUCUGUGCUUUAUUGAGCUUGCCUGGCUUAAUGGAACCAACAGAAUAGUCCCAAAACUUCAAACCUUGUCCCUCUGGCAUUUCAGGCAGGCUCAAAGUAUUUGAUUUAGAAUAGAAUUUGAACCCAGGUCUGGAGGAUAUACUGCCCCUCAGAUAUAAAGCCCAUCCACAGUUGGAAUCUGCCACAGUUGGAAUCUGUAUUUAUGGAGAUAGAUUGUCACUCUAUUUCAAGGCCUCUGAGGGCUUCAGACAUAUACAGAGUCUGGAAAUAGAGUGAGUUGGUGCAGGGUGUAACUCAACUGGACACUACUAGAGCUGCAUCCCAAAUGGAACCCUACUCCCUAUACUUAGAAUGUUUUUAUUUAACCUUUAUUUAACUAGGCAAGUCA